GCUUCUUUUCCUAACCAUCCACACAACAAUCAGAAAACAUUUCACAUUCUCUGCAUAAAAACACAUUUUACUCGGAAGAUGCCGACGACCACUGUGAAUGAUGUUGCGGAGAAAACUGAAAUGUUGGAGAUUGAUCCCAACAGCAGUGUGGCUUUGAAGUCGACAACAAAAGAUAUGGGCAACAAGCAGGAGACGGAGAAGCUGGAAGGAGAGAAUGAAAACAAAUCUGUGGGAAAAGAAGAGAAGAAAGAGCAAGAAGAACCAACCAAGGAGGCAAUGAAGGAGAACGUGCCAGUUGAGGUUGAAGCCAAAACUGGAGUAUCUUUCCCAGUUAUGCUGGCUGACGGAAAGCGGCUGAAUGCCGUUGGUCUGAGAAAGAAGAGCAUGAUUGGCGUUGGCAUCAAGAUAUAUGCCUUUGGGAUAUAUGCAGACAAUGAGAAACUCAAAGAUCUCCUGAAGACAAAAACUGGGAAAGCACCACCUAAACCAACGAAGGAAAUGUACCAAAUGGUGAUCGACAGCAAUGUGGAAAUGUUGGUACGAUUAGUUAUUGUUUUCUCUGGCCUAACUAUGAGUAUGGUAAGGAAAAGCUUCGAUGAAGGCCUGGGAGCAUCCAUCAAGAAGCUUACAGGAGGGAAGAAUGAAGAGCUCACAAAAAGGAUUAUGGGAGAAGCAUCAGAUGACAUAAAACUGACACCAGGGUCUGUGAUUGAGAUAUCCAGGCUUCCAGGAUAUACACUCCAAACAAAAGUUAAGGAUGAGGUCGUAAGCACAGUCGAAAACGAACUGCUUUGCAGGGCAUUCAUGUACAUGUAUCUGGGAGAAGAUCCUUUUGACAAGGAAGCAAAGGAGAAAUUUGGGACAUCCCUGCUUUCGCUUUUCUAAGGAAAAAUGACUAGGUCUGCUCUGCUGAGGAAUAAAACUUGAAGUCCACUAUGUAGCACCUAAUAAUUUCUCAAAUAAGCAAGUAGUGAGAAGAAGGAAGUUCAUGAACAUCCCAUGUGUCAAAGUUUCAAUACUUUCCAUAUUGGCAUUUGAAUAUGUAAGAUCCUACUUAUUUCUGCAACUAAUUAGAAGAACAAAAAACUUAGUGGAUGUAAAUGCAUGUAUUACAUUUCUAAGGUUGUUAGGUACCA